AUGUGUUUUUUAAGCAAUACUAGGCACCAAAACAACACCAUUAACGUCUAUAAGUGUUAUAAGUCGAAAAAAUUUCAAAAAGAAUCCCUAAAGGUAGUAAAGUAACAGAAACCCAGUUUUCAUAUUCAGUCAGUUCAUACUCAGUCAGCUCAAAAACACCGUGGAAGAGGGUGAACCAACAAAAUCCGCUGAAAAAACCACCGAGUGCAAAACUGAUGGCCCUUCUGACUUUGUUUCUCGCGAUGACAAGGUUUUGAACCUCGAGUUUGUCCGUAUUGUCCUUGAUGAAGCUGAAAAGUCGUUGGCCGAGGAAGAAAAGCCCGGUAAGAUAUUAAACUUUGUCAUGAAUAAUAUAAUUUUAGACUUCCAUGAGGAGUGUUAUAAAAUUUCGAGGAGGUAUCCAGCUGUAAAAGAGGUCAGUGGAGAGCUUGCGAAGUUGGUUGAGGAAGAGAAAAAGAAGAUUGGAAAGAAAUUUGACCCUGAAAACAUUGAAGAAGAAGGAGGUGAUGUUGAUGAUGAAGAUUUGUUCUUUGAAGAUGCUCAACCAGAGAAAUCGGGAGAAAUUGAGGAUGCGGAAGAUGCUGAAGUUCAUGAAGAAGGUGAUCAACCUUUGAAAUCGUCGAAAACUUGGGAACCACUUCCAGAAAUUGACGAAGAAGCCGUCAAAAAGGUAAAAUUUUUCAUUUUUUUUUUUGGUUUUUAGAUUUUCAUCCUCUCUAACGCAAUGAAAUCCCUUCAGAUGCUGGCCAGAGCUGUUGUCGACGAUGAUUACGAUAAGAAAGCGAUCCAGGAGAUCCAGAAGAAGAGCGCCAGACAACAGAAAAGAGAACGGAAGGCCGAAAGAGAAUCGACCAAAGGAAAGGGAUGGUUCAAUUUGCCGGCUACGGAGCUUACUGAAGAGACUAAACGUGACCUGGAGUUGCUUCAGAUCCGAGGUUCCAUUGAUCCGACUGCACAUUAUCGAAAGAAUGACCUCAAAGUUUUGCCCAAGUACUUCCAGGUGAGGAUUUUGGGAAUUACGGUUUUUGAAGGGGAUUUAUGGAAUUUUAAGAUGUGUUUUUGUGAUAGUCAUCGAGUUUUUAGACUGGUACUUGUUGGGAGAUGAAAAAUAAUUUUUUGUGAAAUGGAAAAGUUGGGUAAAAUACGCGUUUUUUUUCUUUGGUGGGUAAAAUUUUGGGUUUUUUUAUAGUUUUGGAUUUUGGUUUGCUUUUUUGGGUAUUAAUUUAGUUUACUGUGACCUCUUAGGUGUCUAGAUGAUGACCAUAGUAAAAAACGAGGCGAUUUGACAAUAAAAAAGAGGGGUAAAAUACGCCCAACAAUAUUCAAAGGGAAAAAAUAAAAGUCCUGGUUUGUUAAAAAGUAGCGGAAAAUUGUCCAAAAAUUGAUUGUAAUGGACUCUAUUUCAGACUGGCCGUGUCAUCGACAGCCAUGCCGACUUCUACUCGAGCCGCAUGACCAAGAAGGAGCGGAAACAGACGAUGGUGGAGGAAUUGAUGGACGAUUACAAAACCCUGCAAAAGAACAAGAAACGCUACAGUGAGAUCAAAGCCGUUGAAGCGCAGACCCGCAAACGAAAGGGCAUCCCGUUCCAGAGAUUCUCCAAAAGAAAGAAAAAUCCCGUAUAG